AUGUCGACCUCGAAAUCACUUAUUGUUAGGUCUGUCUCGCAGCCUCUGGACCUGGAGAUCAGAAACAACCCUAUCCCCACAGCCGGUCCCGGCUCCGCCGUUGUCCAGGUCCUUAACGCCGUCAUAAAUCCUGCCGCCUCAUUCACUCUCUCGGUCCCGGUCCCCAACUUUCAGUUCCCCGUCCCAUCUAUCUACGGACACAGCUGUAUCGGUCGAAUCGUCUCUGUCGGCCAGGACUCAACCUCGCUCCGAGAGGGUCAACUUGUCUUCGUCGACUCCUUCAUCACAUCCCGCGAUGAUCCCGAUGUCGAGAUACUGAUGGGCCUGAUGGACGGAGGGACUCCGCAGUCCAAGAAGCUCGCCAAUGAGGCCUGGCGCGACGGGUGCUGGACCACGCACGCCGUGGUUCCGCUAGAGAAUGCGAUUCCGCUGGACGAGGACGCGCUCGUCAGUAAACACGGAUACGACAUCAACGAGCUGUGUUACAUGCCCCGCUUUGCUGUGGCGUACGGCGGUGUCUCGAGUCUCAGCAUCAAGGCCGGUGAGACUGUGAUCGUAGGUCCUGCCACGGGCGGUUACGGCGGCGCGGCGGCCGAGGUUGCAGCUGCGAGCGGUGCAAGAGUCAUUGCGUUUGGCCGCAACAAGGGGGCUCUGGCAAAGUUGCAGUCGAACAUUCCGCAUGUGGAAACCGUAGUCUUGACCGGCGAUAUCGAGAAGGACACCGCGGCAUUCUCGGCUUUUGGACAGGCUGAUGCCUAUAUCGACUUCUCGCCUUGGCAAGUACAGAAUCCGCCGCACCUGCAAGCUGCAAUCAGAUCCCUACGCCGCCGUGGUAGAGUGUCAUUGAUGGGCGGCGUCACAGGUGAUAUUUCACUGCCGUACUGGCUCAUCAUGAUGAACAGCAUCGAGCUCAAGGGGCGGUGGAUGUACAGUCGCAAGGAGAUUAGGAAAGUCGUCAAAAUGGUUGAAAUGGGCGUCCUCAAGCUUGGUAAAUCCGUAGGUCACGAGGUUGUUGGUGAGUUCGCACUAGAAGAUUGGGAGCAGGCAUUUGGUGCGGCAGGGAAAGCCACCUCUUGGGGUCAAUCAGUUGUAUUCACUCCCUAA